ACAAUGCCCGCCUUAUGUAAACAACAUGGUGAACAAAGUCAUACAAAGUGAAGUGGUAAAAUUCGGCACGAACUUCACGUUCACUUGGGAGAACGAUGAAGAUUUGCAGCGAACCAUGAAGUAAUCUCACUGCAUUGCUUACAAGCGCAUUCUUUAUUAUUCCCCUUGAAUCAUUAGAAAAGGGGAGGUCCGCCAGUGGACUGUACAAGGCUGAUGGCUGCAAUGGGCCGCAUUAAAGAAGAACCCCGAGACUUCUCUUCAAGUGAACAUCUGCUCGUAGUAGUGAAGACGGAGCCAUACGAUGCUACAAUUUCAGCAGGGCUUGACCAUAUUGGAUACAGCCAUGACAUGUCCUCAGAAGAAGCUGCACAAAGUUCUGGUAUACAUGAUAUCAAGGAUGAGCCCAAAGACAUUUGUGAUUCAGUGUCUUCAGGUUGCAACCCUUCAGAUGCACAGCUCAACUUCAAAACACCAACAAUUCAGCCUCCAUUCGACAACACUGUCUCAGUCACUGUGGAUGUUUGGCCCACGGAUUCAAAGCCACCUGGAGGCUGUGCUCCAAACCAGAGCCAGACUCAAGAGCCCGGUGAAUCUUCAAUCUCCGAUUUCGAGAAGGACAAGACGUACAAGAGCAAUGUUUGUUCGGCUGCGUGCAUUGACAUAAAUCACUUGGAAGUUCACUGCACAGCUGACAAAGUGAGCACAUUCAUCUGUGACACAUGUCAACACAAACACACACACACAGAUGUAAAGCCAUACAACUGCAAUCUCUGUUCUGCAGAGUUCACCAACAGUGCGAACCUGCGGCACCACAAGCAGACACACACGGAAGAGAAGCCAUAUAAGUGUGACACCUGUAGUGCAAAAUUCAGCCGCAGCACAGACCUUCAGCGACACACACUCAUACACACAGGCGAAAAGCCAUACAAGUGUGAUCUCUGUCCUGCAACGUUCAAUCAAGGCAUCAACAUGCGGCGUCACAAGCAGACACACACGAGGGAUAAGCUGUACAAGUGUGAUCUCUGCCCUGCAGUGUUUAGCCGCAGUGCAAACCUGCGGUACCACAGGCAAACCCACACGGGAGAGAAGCCGUACAAGUGUGACACCUGUAGCGCAAAAUUCAGCCGCAGCACGGACUUGCGGCGUCACAUGCUGACGCACACGGGUGAGAAGCCACACAAGUGCAAUCUCUGUCCUGCAGAGUUCAGCCGCAGCGCAGACCUUCUGCGACACAUGCACACACACACGGGUGAAAAGCCGUACAAGUGUGAUCUCUGUCUCGCAAAGUUCAGUCGAAGUAUGUACCUGCAAAGUCAUCAGCUGACUCACACGGGAGAGAAGCCAUACAAGUGUGAUCUCUGUCCUGCAGAGUUUACCCGCGGCCCGAACCUGCAGCGCCACAGGCAGACACACACCACAGGAGAGAAGCCAUACAAGUGCAACCUCUGUCCUGCAGAUUUCAGACGCAGCACACACCUUCGGCGGCACAUGCUCACACACACGCGCGAGAGGCCAUACAAGUGUGAUCUCUGUCUUGCCAGGUUCAAUCAGAAGAUGCACCUGCAGCAUCACCAGCGGGCGCAUACGGGCGAGAAACCAUACAAGUGUGACCUCUGUCCUGCAGAGUUUAGCCGCAGCACAAGCCUGCGGUACCACAAGCAGACACAUACUGGAGAGAAGCCAUACAAGUGUGACACCUGCCAUGCAGAAUUCAGUCGCAACAAGGACCUGCGGCGUCACAUGCUGACACACACGGGUGAGAAGCCGCACAAGUGCAGUCUCUGCCCUGCACAGUUCAGCCGCAGGACAGACCUUCAGCGACACAUGCGCACACACACAGGUGAAAAGCCAUACAAGUGCGAUCUCUGUCCUGCAAAAUUCAGCCAAGGCGUAAACCUGCGGCAUCACAAGCAGACUCACACGGGAGAAAAGCCAUACAAGUGUAACCUCUGUACUGGUGACGUUUGCGGCUGUGGGGGCAGAGGAUGUUCCCGCACUGAAGUGCCCGGGUCACCUGCUGAAGUCCCGGGUUGACUGCUACUACGUUCCCAUCCUGUGGGGACAGCCCCACAUCUGGUCAUGACAGAAGGGAUCGAGUGGUCAACAGGAUGACCUGCAUUGUAAGGAUUACGGUGGUUGUCAUUCAGUCCCAUUGCAGGCCUCUGGCUUCUAGCUUGUUUUCAAUAUUUGGGUGAGAAGCUACACUAGUGCGAUAUCUGUCCUGCAACGUGACGCAUAGGUGAGAGAGGCAGGCCGUACGAGUGUCGACCCUGUUCUGUCGCACGUCCCCGGUCUGGAAACUGGAAGGAGCUCAUGAUUAUGCAUGGAGAGAAGGCUUCACAGAUCCCAGAGCUGAGGAAUCAUGCUGUGGCAAAACACCAGUCUCAAGAACGUUUCAUUAGAAUGUGAACAAAACAAUAGUUGGAUCGCCUACUGUGUGUGCAGCCUUCCAAAGUGGUUGUUGAAGUAUUGGAGGGAAGCAGGAAUGCCUCAAAGUAUCUUUUGUAAAGGUUCAGAAAAUAUAUGAAAGAAAGACUCACUCA